GCAGUAAGAGUCAUGUUGCAGUGACUGACGCAGGCGGGACUCGGUUACCCAGAUCCUCAAAAGUUGUUGCAAAACUUCCGAUCUGCAGCCUGGGAUCAGUUGAUAAAGACGUUUUAAAAGGGACGACAUUUGUACGCGAGGUUGUAGCGGAUAUUGUCAUCAUGGCAGAUGAAGCAGCAGUGGUGCUGGAGGAGGGAGCCAGCACAACUCAAAAACCUCUGGUCGCAGUCACCUUCCAGAGAAACGUCCACAGGAAACAGAAGUACCUGGAGGCUGAACCCAAAGCUCUCGGGGUCACACAGAUUGGCCUCAGUGUGUUUCAGAUCGUCUGUGUGAGUGUGUUUCUGGCCAAAGGCCUGAGUCAUUUGUCAACCGACAUAGCCUUCUUCAUUUCAUCUCUACUGGUGGUAAUAGCUGGGAGUGUGGCUGUAGCAGCACAGAACCUCCAUCUGCCAACGCUGAGAGCCUGUUUGGGGAUGCAGAUUGUAGCAUGUGCUGCCUCCCUCUUCAACAUGAUCUGUAGUCUGGUUAAAAUGGAAGACAUGUUCACUUUCUGCUGGCAUUACGCCUACGACAACAACACACUUCGUUAUGGUGAAAUCUGCCAAAGACUUGAGAAUACCCAGUCCCACUUUUAUGCGGAGUCUGUGGUCAUUCAGGCUGCUCUGUUGGCCAUCUCAGCCACUCUGGCCGCCUACUGCUGCAAGGUGGUCAACUGCUGCUCACCAGCUCCCAAAAUGCCGGUGAUCACUGUACAAGCCCCCCCUGUCCAACAGCAAGAGGAUGGCCAGGACAAGCCAGAGGAGUGAGGUCUAGUCACACACAAAUGCUACAAAGUUAAAGCUGUGCCAAUCAAUGAUUUUAUAUUAACGAUGGAUCAAAUGUGUAAUGUGAGCUGUGUCGCUUGUAGUGAUAAACCCACAGAGAAUUAUCACCAACUCAGCAGUUGCCCUCUGCUCCACGCAGCUCUUCAGUCCCUUUUAGCUCAUUCUUUUGGUUUUCAUUCUCAAACCUAAUUCAAGCCGCAGCUGUUUUCAUAUAAAACACUCAGGAACUGGUAGGGACCAAAACAUGCCUCCACAUAGAAGCUAAUGUCUGUUAUGUCUGCUCAAUGUGUACACAUGCAUCUGCUUGCUAAUGCAAACAAUUUUAUAAAAUGACAGUCCCAUAUAUCAAUAUAGCUUGCUCUGCUGCACCCAAGUUGUAAAAACAGUAAAUGCAGCUUUAAGAAAUAACAAAUAAUAAUAUGUCCUUAUUAUAUAUCUGUUAUGUAUAUGUACUAAUUUUCUCCAAGUGAAAUGUAAUCAUAAUCAAUUGUGAUCACAGAGGCAGUUACACAGUAAUGUUAAAUGUGAAAAUGUUGUCUGAGUAAGUAGAGAAAAGUCCAAAGUCAGUGAACAGGUCAGUAACAUCAGUUAGACAGAAAUAUUAGCUAACAUUAGCUGCUGCACACACCAGACCAGGACAUAUAUUUUUUCAAAGGUACGUAGUCUCACUUAAACAUGUACUGAGGAAUAUUACAGAAGGUAAAUAAUACAACUGUAUAAAGAUGACACAUAAAUAUAAUUUUAAUGCUCACAUAUAUGAAUAACUAAUAAUGCACAUUAAUGCUUCACUGAAAAUAUUUUUGUUCAUAUUGUUAGUCUAUGAUGAUUACUACCUAAAUAAUGUUUUACUGUUGUUUCCUUUGUCACUGCAACUAACAAGUAUGGUUAAUAAAAAGUUAACAGAUGAAAAGGAA